CAAACAAAACCAGAGAGAGAGAGAGAGAGAGAGAGAGAGAGAAGAGAAAGGAAACGAAAUGGGUAAGAUAGUUGAGAGAAGGAAGAAGAAGAGGAAAGGAAGACCUUCUCUCUUAGAUCUUCAGAAAAGGACUCUCAAAGAAGAGCAGCAACAGAACAGCAAACCCAACAACUCUACCCAAAAAAUUACAUCGAAUUACAGCUCUGCCACUGCAAAUCAGGUCCGUCGAUCCACGCGGCGGAACCCGAAUCCGUCUCCGGAGAGAGUCGUGUCCGACGACGAAGAUGAAGAAUUGGGAGCUAAUCGGCGCGAGAAGAAGCUGAAGCUGGUGCUCAAGUUGCAGAAAUCUGAACAAAAUUCGAAUUCUAACGCCUCCGAUUCGGACGAAAACUGUGCGCUUAAUCACAAAAAGAGGAAGAUCAAUGCGAUCGGAGGUAGAUCUGGGAGUGGGGAUUCCGAAAAGGGAGAGAAGUCUAUUUCCGGUUCGAACCCAACCAAUAACAAUCAAGGGGCUUUGUUGGAAUCGGGACCCUCGACGCCUUUACCUGAUGAAAAGCUUUUACUGUUCAUCCUCGAUAGGCUUCAAAAGAAAGACACCUAUGGCGUCUUUUCUGACCCAGUGGACCCAAAAGAGCUUCCAGACUACCAUGAAGUCAUUGAGCAUCCCAUGGAUUUUUCAACUGUUAGAAAGAAACUAUCUAAUGGAGCUUAUGCCACCUUGGAAGCAUUUGAGAAAGAUGUUUUCUUGAUAUGUUCCAAUGCAAUGCAGUAUAAUGCACCAGAUACCAUAUACUUUCGACAGGCACGAUCCAUACAAGAACUCGCAGUAAAGAAUUUUGAAAAUCUAAGGCAGGACAGUGAUGAUAAUGAACCAGAAACUAAAGUAGUAAGAAGAGGGAGACCACCAAGCAAGUGGAAAAAGCCACUGGGCAGGCCCCCCUUGGAGCGUGCUCGUUCGGAGUUCACCGAUGCUACUCUUGCUACUGGGGCAGAAAACACUAUCUGGUCCAAUCAUGAUUUAAGAAAAGGACCCCAUCAUGCAGACAAGUCUGGGAUUGCAGAAUCAUCUGAACGAUUUUAUGGUUCUCGCAAUGACAUUCACAGUGGAUGGUUGGCUGAGAACAAAUUUGAGAGAAAUGAUGAAGCGGCAAUGUCAAGGGGUUAUUCCAUGAAGUAUGGAAAAAAACAAUUUGUACCUGAUGAGAACAGGCGCAACACAUACUUGCAAUUUCAUCUGUCAGCUGGUGGCCGGGAGCAAUCUGUGUUCACUACUUUCGAUGUUGAUAGGAAGCAGCUAAUGGCUGUAGGGCUUCAUUCGGAGCAUGGUUAUACUAGAAGCCUAGCUUGUUUUGCUGCAAACCUUGGACCUGUUGCUUGGCGAGUUGCUUCAAAAAAGAUAGAAAGGUGUUUGCCCGUGGGGAUUAAGUUUGGCCCCGGAUGGGUUGGAGAAAAUGAUGUCACACCACUGAAGCCGAUAAUACUUCCUUCAAUCCCUCCAGGCCUACCGUCUUCGUUACAUCCCUUCUUCAUUCCUGAAAAUUCUUGUUCUGCUACCACAGCUACCAUGACUGAAUCAAAAGGAGAUAAAUUAAUGGAGAAACCUGAAGCACAGGAUUUCUCAGGGAAGCAUGUACCUCCAACACUCUCUCCCUCGGACGGCCAUUUAAGAAAGCCUAUCCCUACAUCUGCCAUCAACUCUUCAUCCCUCUUUGUUGCUAAUCCAUCGUCAGAACCCUGUACUGAAAAAUCAGAAGUGGUUGCUGGAUCAAAUUCCCAUACUGGAUUUAACGUACCGGACAGCAGUGUGGGAGCAAUCAACACAAGGCCUCCCAUUCAUCAGAGCCCUGCAAUUCAUCCCGGAAUGAAUGGAUUUAACUGCACACAUGGUUUUAACCUCCCAGCUCAGAUGGGGAAACUAAUUGGGGCUGCCAGGUCCGGUGAAUUCAGUUUUCAGCCAUCUCAGAUGCUUGAUAGGGUCUCUAGAACUAAUACUAACUUUGUCCAUCCAGCGACUCCAAAUUAUUUGAACUCAGAAGAUUCCAAGUUAGCAGAUAAUUCAAAUACAAUAAAUCAUGGUAGAGCUUUGCCAAAUUCAGAAUGUGAUGCAUCAGCAGUGUCGACACCAGGGCAUCAUCGCCUGACUUGGCAGGGGUUAUCACCACGUUCGAAACCGGAUUCUGGUUUGUCACCAAAACAAAAGUCAGAUUCAGUCCCACCUGACCUAAAUGUCAGGUUUCAUUCUCCAGGAUCUCCUGGUUCUAGCAGAGUAGAUUCAACUCAACCAGAUUUAGCAUUGCAGCUGUGAUAAUAAUUGAGUUAAUUUUUUCCUCCUCUAUUUGAUUAAGUUAACCAUAGAAGGGUGUUGUUGAUGGGGUGCUGAUUAGAGCCACACGCAACUGUAUUGUAAAAGAAAAGAGUAGAUUAUUCUUGUACAGAUUAAUGUAUCCUGAUUUGUAGGUGUAGAAGCAGAAAAAGAUGUCAUUCAUAAUAAUUGUAAACCGUUAAUAUGAUGUAGUCAGAAUUCAUUUUCAGAUGAUGUAAGAUUUUUAUUUCAUUUUCUUAUUAAUAUUUCAGAAUUGUUGUCAGAA